AUGUGGUGCUUCAAUCAGACCUAUAUAUCGGCUAUAUUACGAUGCUUUGGAGUGCUCGUGAUCUCAUUUCAGCGAUAUAUUUCUCUGUGUAAAAGUGUAAAUCCAACUAUGCAGCUUAUCAACACCUCAUACCGCUGGAUAUUACCUGUAGCGCAGUGGACCGUACCAACACUGUAUUCGAUUCCGAUACUUAUUUUCAGUAAUGCAACCUUCAAAGCUCCAGAUAAUUUGGAAGUAUUGAUUGAACACAAAGAUAUCACGAAUGACCCUAUAUUUACUAUGAGGACUAUUUUCCCAGUGAUAAGCUGUUUCUUCUCCUACGUGAACAUUUGGAUGAUGUUGAUUCUGAAUGAGGACAUCAGAAGGAAACUCCUGGCUUUGAUAAGACGAGAUGUCUACAAACAUGUCCGUCUCUAUGAAGGCGAUAUCCACUGGCAAUGUAGUACGAUUCUAGCUGCCUUCGCUGACUGCUCUGAGGCCUCAAAUCUGUACCGAACAUAA